UCAUUCUUUUGUUUUGGCAUCAAUUUGUUUUGUUUGGGGUGUCAGUUGAUAUCAUUGCUUUGAGACUUAUUUUUGUUCAAGUUUUUUUUGUUUGGGUGUUGGUUCACAUAAUCUUUUCGGGAGAUAAUUUUGUUUAUGUCUUUUGCUUGUGAUUAACACGUGAAAAAGCAAACCAAUUAUGACUGACAUGAUUCCAAUCGUAACUCGAAUUAUCGAUAACAAACUCAACAACUCCAACUUCUUGGAAUGGAGUAGAUGGUUGUGUGUAUUUAUGAAGUAUUGGUAACUUGGUAAGGCAUCACAUCUUACAUCUGAUCCCCCCACCAACGAUGUUAAGGAGCAAUAGUUACAGGAUGAUGCCAAACUGUUCCUAUAAAUUAGGAACUCUAUUGGGAGUUCCUUCACUCCUUUGAUUAAUUAGUGUGAGUACAUUAAUGAAUUAAAGGAUAUCUGGCUUUCUUGUAUUCUGGACAAAAUAAUAUACCCCGUAUUUACAAUGUAUGUAAAUCUUUUCAUCCGGGGUAGCAACAAGAUCGACCAUUAACUACCUAUGUUAUGGAGUUCAAAAAAAUCUUCAAGGAUCUUAAUACCCUUCUCCUAUAGCGCUUGAUUGAAGGUUAUGCACUCAACAGGAGCAGAUUGAUGUGAUGAGUUCUUUGACAGGCUUGAGACCAGAAUUUGAGGCUCUCUGAUCCUAAUUUUAUGAAUCUACCAUUCCCUCCCUUCAGGAAACCUUUGCUAGAGUUCUCCUAACGAGGACCUUCAGUCUCCUCAACCCAGUCUCACAAUAGGACACUUGCCGGUCGUAGGGUGUCUCGUGGCAAUUUUCGUGGUGGCCAUCGGGGUGGUCAUAGUGAACGGGUUAUUGAUUCUCUUGUUCAAAAUACCGAUAAUGUUUGAGUGUUCUUAUUGCCAUGAAACAGGGCACACAAGACGUACAUGCAAGAAACUCUUGGUAAAAACUCAACAGUCACUUUGCACAUGUUGCUUCUUCUUCGGAUAAUUAUGUCACCAUCUUGGCUGAUGAAUAUGCUCGACUUUCAGCAUCUCUGAACCCAAUAUUUCCGCCUUUGUCUCCUUUGUUGAGAAGGAUCUUAAGACCAAGCAGAAUCUUGGUGAAGGACGGGAUUCUCAUGGCCUCUAUAUAUUUGAACCCCAAGCACCUAGCUCCUUUGUAUGCUCCAAGUCAUCCUUACCUCCAUUCGAGAUGCAUUGUCUAUUAGAUCCACCUAGUGCCCCUAUUGCUACACCAUCGCCUAACAUACCUAUUGCUCUUUGGAAAGCCAACUUUUAUUGGCCCUUACAUCAGCUGGAUAUCAAGAAUGCUUUUCUUCAUGGUUCUCUCUAGGAAGAAGUAUAUAUGGAGCAACCACGUGGAUUUGUUGCUUAAGGGGAGUAUGAAAAAUAUGUCGACUUCUGAAAUACUUGUAUGGGUUGAAGCAGAGUCCUCGAGCAUGGUUGGAAAAUUCAACUAGGUUAUUCUGAAAUAUGAUGCAAAAGUGUGGCAUUGAUAUUGUUCAACUCCUUAACCGAGACAAUUGGGGAUUCAUUUCGACCAUAUUUUGCAGACUUGCACUUAAUUCUACUCAAGUACCUACAAGAUGAGAACAAUAGUGGCAGUUGGGGCUUUUAUUGAGUCCACUCAUGAUGAAUCUGUAGUGGUUAAAUUUCGUGAGUUUGUCCCCGGCAUAUUGAAUAUUUCAAGACAAUGCCUUGCCUCUGGAGAGGAAAAUAUUGCCAUAAUUGCUUUUGAGAUUUUUGAUGAGCUGAUUGAAUCUCCGGCACCCCUUCUUGGAGAAUCAAUCAAAGCCAUAGUGCAGUUCUCUCUUGAGGUUUGCUCAACUUCUGAUUUGGAAUCUAACACUCGUCAUCAGGCUAUGCAAAUUAUUUCAUCGCUUGUGAGAUAUAAAUCCAAUUCCCUUAAGAAGCACAACUUGAUCAUCCCAAUCCUCCGAAUUAUGUGCCCAUUGCUUACAGAAGUGACCACCAACAACGAUGAAGAUGAUGAUCUGUCACCAGAUCGAGCUGCAGCAGAAGUUAUUGAUACCAUGUCUUUAAAGUUGUCAAAGCAUGUGUUUCCACCUGUUUUUGAAUUUGCUUCUGAGAGCAGUCAGAAUGUAUAUCCAAAGGUCCGAGAAGCUUCUGUCAUGGUUUUGGGUGUGAUCUCAGAGGGUUGUUCGGAGUUGAUGAAAGAGAAGCUUGAACCCAUUCUCCAUAUUACCUUGGGGGCUUUAAGAGAUCCUGAACAGGUUGUAAGAGGAGCUUCAUCAUAUGCAUUAGGACAAUUUGCCGAGUAUCUUCAGCCUGAAAUUAUAUCUCAUUACGAAAGAGUUCUCCCUCGUAUCUUAAGAUCCUUACAGGAUGCAACUGAUGAUGUGAAGGAGAAAUCAUACUAUGCAUUGGCGGCCUUUUGUGCGAACAUGGGUGAGGAAGUUCUCCGCUUUAUUGAUCCUUUGAUGGAAAAACUACUUGCCACUCUCCAAAAUAGUCCAAGAUUGGUACAGGAAACGUGCAUGUCUGCAAUUGGUUCGGUUGCAUCUGCUACAGAUAAAGCAUUUGUCCCUUAUGUUGAAAGGGUUCUGGAAUCGAUGAGAACUUUCAUGUUGCUUACAAAAAACGAGGACCUCCGUGCACGAGCAAGGGCUACUGAAUUAGUGGGGAUAGUUGCAAUGGUUGCAGGAAGGGAAAGGAUGGAACCAAUUUUACCACCAUUUAUUGAAGCUGCAAUUUCUGGGUAUGGGCUGGAGUACAAUGAACUUCAUGAGUAUACUCAUGGAUUUUUUAGCAACGUGGCAGAAAUUUUGGAAGAUGGAAUGGUUCGGUAUCUUCCAUAUGUUGUACCUUUGGCAUUCUCUUCUUGCAAUCUUGAUGAUGGAUCUGCUGUUCAUAUUCAUGAUUCUUAUGAGGAUGAAGAUGUUGGAAUUGCCGGAGUUUCAUCUGAUGAUGAAGCCCAAGAUGAACCCAGAGUGCGAAAUUUCAGUAUAAGAACUGGGGUUUUAGAUGAAAAGGCUGCUGCAACUCAAGCCCUUGGUCUAUUUGCCCUUCAUACAAAGAAUGCCUAUGCCCCAUAUUUGGAAGAGUCACUGAAGAUUAUGGUGAAGCAUUCCAUCUAUUUCCAUGAAGAUGUCCGACUUCAGGCCGUUACUGGUUUGAAACAUAUUUUGACAGCUGCUAAUGCCUUUUUACAAGGUCGUAAUAACAGACCAUCCACAAUGAGAAAAAUUCUAGAUUCUGUGAUGACCAUUUAUAUCAAGACAAUGAAUGAAGAUGAAGACAAGGAAGUUGUUGCUCAAGCUUGCAUGAGUGUAGCAGGCAUCAUCAAGGAUUUUGGAUAUGUUGCUGUCGAUCCUUACAUGCCUCGGCUUGUAGAGUCAACUCUGGUAUUGCUGUGCCAGAAGUCAGCCUGUCAGCAAGUAGAAUCUGACAGUGAAAUCAAUCCUGGACCCAAUGAAUUGCUCAUGGAUGCUGUUACAGAUCUACUUCCUGCUUCUGCCAAGGCUCUGGGUUCCCACUUCGCGCUUAUCUUUGCAACUCUAUUUGAUCCGUUAAUGGAUUUUGUGAGAGAAUCAAACUCACCACAAGGUCGGACCAUGGUGGUUGCAUGUCUUGCUGAAGUUGCUCAACAUAUGGGUGCUCCAAUUUCUGGCUAUGUAGAUAAAGUGAUGCCCUUGGUACUUGAAGAAUUAGCUUCAUCAUCAGCAACCAAUAGGAGGAAUGCUGCAUUCUGUGUUGGAGAGUUGUGCAAGAAUGGUGGCGAAUUUGGUCUGAAAUACUUUGGUGAUGUGUUGCGAGGCCUUUACCCAUUGCUUGGAGAAUCUGAGCCAGACCAUGCAGUAAGGGACAAUGCUGCUGGUGCAGUUGCAAAGAUGAUCACGUCACACCAGGAUUCCGUUCAACUAGAUCAGGUCCUCCCUGCUCUCUUCCAUGUUCUUCCUUUGAAAGAAGAUCACGAGGAAUCCAUCCCUGUUUAUAGUUGCAUUUGCAGCCUUGUUUUAUCAUCCAACUCACAGAUCCUUAAGCUAGUUCCAGAUUUGGUUAGGGUAUUUGCACAAGUAGCCAUCUCACCACUUGAAACACAACAAGUUAAGCUUCAAAUAGGAGGGGCUUUUUCUCACUUAGUAUCACUUUACGGUCAUCAAAUGAAGCCUAUGUUGAGAAGCAUGCCACCAACAUAUGCCCGUGCACUAGCUGCUAUUGUAGCGCAGAGUUUACAGUCGUCAUCAGCCACAGCAACAUGCCCAUCUACAACUUAAAGAGACAUCGUCCAAAGGGAAUCAUUAAUCAGCGUGAAUCAUUCUUCUUACGCAGGUUCCGAUUUGCGCUUUGCCAUUUUACCAACAGUGUUCAAUUUAUCUUGACCCUUGGAUCGUGUCUGGUUAUCAUCGGUUACGUUCCAAAGACCUGUUACCCUUAUUUUGUCUUAUUCAUAUGACCCUUCUAGGGACCAAUUUCCCCUUUUGUUUGAGAAUAUAGACAUGUUUUUUUAAGUUGGUGGUUUAUUCACACAAAUCAAACAUUCUCAAAGGCUUCAAGUAUAGUUUUUGAUCAUUUUAAGCCAGGUAAAAUAAAUCAUAAAUAUUUGAAAAUGAUAAUCUAUCUAGUUUAUGAAGUAAAGUU